AUGUGGUCAGGGGACCAGCAGCCCACACGAGGGCUCCAGUUCAGAGCUCGCUGCAUGCAGCUCAACCAGAGUGUGUGUUUAGCUAGGACCCCUCAGGUGAUUCGAAUGCACAACAGGGACGAGGACCCGCUGCCGGUGUGUGCCGGGAGUGUCCCUCUAAGACAGACCCCCGUGGGAAUAUUGCGUCGAAAGUGGCUGAGGAUGUUCCUGAAAACAGAUCAACCCGGGCAACUGUGCUUCUGGACUCCUAAUAGGGAGGAGAUGUCCUCGAAUGCUGCUGCAGCGCGGGCCGGGCCAGGGGGCGCCUCGCGCGGCCGCAGCUCGGAAGGGCGAUGCAGUGAGGCGGGCUCGGCUGGCGUGCGUGCGCGGAGCGGGGGCCGCGGGCUGCUGCAGAGAUGUGACUUGGGCCCAGGGCCAGCAAGAACGUCGGCGCUGCGGGGCCGCGAGGGUCGACCGUUCCUGGUGUCAGAGAGAAAGAUGAGAAGCCAUCAAGUGCUCCCCUUGCCCCUGCUCCUAGUGAUUGCCUCCGUGGCUUCGGAGAACGCCAGCACAUCCCGGGGCUGUGGGCUGGACCUUCUUCCUCAGUACGUGUCCCUGUGCGACCUGGACGCCAUCUGGGGCAUCGUGGUGGAGGCAGUGGCCGGGGCGGGAGCCCUGAUCACACUGCUCUUGAUGCUCAUCCUCCUGGUGAGACUGCCCUUCAUCAAGGACAAGGAAAAGAGGAGGCCUGUGUGCCUCCACUUCCUCUUCCUGCUGGGGACCCUGGGCCUCUUCGGGCUGACCUUCGCCUUCAUCAUUCGGAUGGAUGAGACAAUCUGCUCCAUCCGACGCUUCCUCUGGGGUGUCCUCUUCGCUCUCUGCUUUUCCUGCCUGCUUAGCCAGGCGUGGCGGGUACGGAGGCUGGUGCGCCAGGGCACAAGCCCGGCCGGCUGGCAGCUGGUGAGCCUGGCCCUGUGCCUGAUGCUGGUGCAGGUCAUCAUCGCCACUGAGUGGCUGGUGCUGACUGUGCUGCGUGACACGAAGCCAGCCUGCGCCUACGAACCCAUGGACUUCGUGAUGGCGCUCAUCUACGUCAUGGUGCUGCUGGUCAUCACCCUGGCACAGUCCCUCUUCACGCUCUGUGGCAAGUUUAAGCGGUGGAAGAUGAAUGGAGCCUUCAUCCUCAUCACUACCUUCCUCUCUGUGCUCAUCUGGGUAGUCUGGAUGACUAUGUACCUCUUCGGCAACUCGAUCGUCAAGCAGGGAGAUGCCUGGAGCGACCCCACCUUGGCCAUCACACUGGCAGCCAGCGGCUGGGUCUUCGUCAUCUUCCAUGCCAUUCCGGAGAUCCACUGCACCCUUCUCCCACCCCUGCAGGAGAACCCACCCAACUACUUCGACACUUCACAGCCCAGGAUGCGGGAGACGGCAUUCGAGGAGGACGUGCACCUGCCGAGGGCGUACAUGGAGAACAAAGCUUUCUCAAUGGAUGAACAUAAUGCAGCUCUUCGCUCAGCGGCAGGCUUUUCCAAUGGAAGUUUGGGGAAAAGAUCCUGCGGCAGCCUGGGAAAGAAGCCCAGCAGCUUGGGAAGCCGACCCAGUGCACCAUUCAGAAGCAAUGUGUAUCAGCCGACCGAGAUGGCUGUCGUGCUCAACGGCGGUACUGAAGUGGCUGCCCACCCCCGCUCUCUGGAGUCCUUUGGAGCUUUCUGAUGUCACCAGUGACUCGGUCUGCAAAAGCCCCCUUGUAGAAGGGAGAAGCUGGCAGGAUUGAUGGUUUUCUCUCUAAGCUCUUUGUUGUCCACGUAUAAGGUGAGCACCGUGCAAAUGGCGACGCAGAAAGCAGCGUUUCUGCGCUGUAAAAACAGAACCAUUUUGAGCCACAGGAAACCACCUCAAUUAGUGAGGCCUUUCAGUUUUGCUUCCCUGCCCCC